GAAUACCGUCCAAACAAGCCCUAUCAAAUGACACAAACAUUAUCCAAGGAAAAAAAGUGUGGCGCGCGAAUAGGCUUAUCAACAUGGAGCAUUGAACAAAAUCAGCUGAGACAGAGGACUAGAGCUUGGAAUCACCAUGGCAGCCCUAAGCUGCCAUUUUCAUUUCACAGUUCAUAAAGUUUCUAAGAAUGUGAUAACCAGGCCGUUUAUCUCCUGCUCAAUGCAACCUUCUCAGAGUAAUAUUAAGGUAGUUAUAAAUGGAGCAGCAAAGGAAAUAGGAAGGGCAGCAGUAAUUGCAGUAACUAAGGCAAGAGGAAUGGAGGUGGCAGGUGCUGUAGAUUCCCAUUUUGUUGGAGAAGAUAUUGGAAAGCUUUGUGACAUGGAAGAGCCUCUUGAAAUACCAAUAAUAAAUGAUCUUACUAUGGUAUUAGGUUCCAUAUCUCAGUCAAAAGAAACAGGUGUAGUAGUGGAUUUUACUGAUCCUUCCACAGUUUAUGACAAUGUGAAGCAGGCAACAGCAUUUGGCAUGAGAAGUGUGGUGUAUGUUCCUCGGAUUAAACUCGACUCGGUUGGAGCAUUAUCUGCAUUCUGUGACAAAGCCAGCAUGGGUUGUCUGAUUGCACCAACUCUGUCCAUUGGUUCUAUACUCCUUCAGCAAGCUGCCAUUACGGCUUCCUUUCAUUACAACAACGCAGAAAUUGUUGAAUCAAAAGCAAAUCCAAUAGUAAGUGAUAGGAAAAAUGUUAAGAAGAGUAAUUCAAUCAAGCAAUGUUUUUUUAAUGUCUUUGGUUCACAGGAUUUUCCGUCAAUGGAUGCUAUUCAGAUUUCAAAGAACCUAUCUAACCUGGGUCAGAUUUACAACAGAGAAGAUAUAUCUACUGAUGUUGUGGCAAGAGGCCAAGUUAUAGGAGAGGAUGGUGUUAGGGUACAUAGCAUGGUCCUACCAGGGCUACCCUCUAGUACAACUGUUUACUUCUCUGGCCCAGGAGAGGUUUACUCUAUCAAACAUGAUAUCACUGAUGUGCAAUCCCUCAUGCCUGGCCUGCUCUUGGCUAUCAGAAAGGUCAUCCGACUUAAGAAUCUAGUGUAUGGGUUGGAGAAAUUUUUGUGAGCAGCCAAACAUCCUUCUCAGGCUUCUGCAUGGAACCUAAUAUUUUUACAGUUUAGACAAAAAAAAAAAAAACCGUGUCAUCCUGUGGACAAAUGUUACAGAAAGGGAGGGAGAAGAAGAUUUUGUUACUUGUUACUUUGUGAUGAGCAUAUCCAAUUAUUUUCAUUCACUUUGAAAUUUAUGUGAUUCAGUAGACUAAUUUCAUGAGA